AUGAGAUCCGUCCUUCUGCCGCUGUCCCUUCUUCCCGGCGUCCUGGGUGCCACCAUCUAUCUGGCUGGGGACUCGACCAUGGCUGCAAACGGCGGCGGGUCAGGCACCGACGGGUGGGGAAGUUAUGUCGACGACGUAUCUGUCACCGUCUCCAACAAAGCGAUCGGCGGCCGUAGCGCCCGCUCCUAUACCCGCGAAGGCCGCUUCGAUGCCAUCGCCGACGUCCUGCAAGAAGGUGACUACGUGGUGAUUGAGUUCGGACACAAUGAUGGGGGCUCGUUGAGCACCGACAACGGUCGCACCGACUGCCCCGGGACGGGCUCGGAGACGUGCGAGACCGUCUACGACGGCCAAGCGGAAACCGUCCUCACGUUCCCAGCAUACUUGGAGAACGCGUCCAAGACCUUCGUGGGCAAAGGAGCCAAGGUCCUUAUCUCCAGCCAGACCCCGAACAAUGUCUGGGAGACGGGCGAGUAUGUCUAUUCGCCGUCUCGCUUUGUCGAGUACGCUCGGUUGGCGGCCGAAACGGCGGGCGUGGACUAUGUGGACCACGGCGCUUACGUGGCCGCCCGGUAUGAGGCACUAGGGGCGGACACGGUCAACUCCUACUACCCCAAUGACCACACCCAUACCAGCCCGGAAGGGGCGCAGGUCGUGGCGGAUGCGUUCCUGAAAGCGGUGGCAUGCAGCAAUGUCGCGCUCAAGGAUGUCUUGACCAGUACGGAUUUCCCGGGCGACUGUCUGUAG